ACAUUUCCUACAGUAGAGGACAAAUCCCUCACUGUCUUCUAAAGCUGAGAGCUCAAAGCAAUAUAAGCCACCAUGAGGCUGUCGGUGUCUCUCCUGCUGAUCACUCUGGCCCUUUGCUGCUAUGAGGCCAAUUCAUCGGUCUGCCCAGCCUUUGCUACUGAAUUGACAGGCUUCUUACUGGCUUCCGACGUUUUGUUCAGGUUACAAAUUGAGAUAUUUAAUGCUCCUGCAGAAGCUGUUGAAGCAAAGAUGAAUGUGAAGAGAUGCGUAGAUGAGUUAUCCUUAGGGAAACUACUCCUUAUAGAUACAAUAUUGGGAAAAGUAUUGGCUAAAUGUUCUGCGUACGAUGAAGCAAAUAUUUAGUCUUGCUUUCUACUAUCUUUCAAGGAUACUUUGAUUUUUACAGGAAAUGUAAAGGUUUCAACAUCUUGCUUUAAUAAAUUACUUAUCUUGCACUAUCUCGC